UGUUCAUGACGCUGCAUCUGCUGUGGACUCUACUGAUCCAUGUAAUAGGUACCUUGGCUGAUCCUGUCCUCAAUCAGAGUCCAGUGUCCGACCCAGUCUCUGCCGGUCAGACGGUCCAGUUGAAGUGUGCAAUGCAGAAUGACGAUGUGGACAGCUACGAUGUGGACUGGUAUCGACAGAGUCCCGGAGAAGCGUCAGUGUGGGUGAUCACACAAGAUACAGAUGAUGAUAUAUCCAGGGGCACUGGCUUCACGAACCGAUUCCAACCUUCUCGAGACACCUCCAGUAACAAUUUCAUCCUAACCAUUGAAAACCUGGUCUCCAGUGACUCUGCCAUCUAUUAUUGUGCUGUGUGGCAUAGCUCAGCAUGGAUCUUCGGAGGUGGGACUGCCCUGGCUGUUCGGAGUAGUGAUGAUCAGAAACCAUCUGUUCUUCUGCUCCCACCUUCACCAGAACAAAUAGACACGGGAUCAGCCACCCUGUCCUGUCUGGUGAGUCGAUUUAAGCCAGGCUUUGUGCAGGUCCUCUGGAGUGUAGAUGGGAAGGAGACUGGCAGUGGGGUGACCACGAGCCCUGUGUCCCGGGACAACGAUCAAAGCUACAGUCUGAGCAGUUACCUGACAGUUCCGGCCACUGACUGGAAGAAAGGCUCCAGAUAUUCCUGCAGUGUGAGGCACGGUUCACUGAACUCGCCUCUCCUCAACACCAUCAGCUCCAGUGACUGUUAGCUCUGAGGCUGACAAUGUCACGGGUCAGUUACUGUGUGUCAUGUUGCGUUUCCUUGUUUAUUCUUGCUUUGCAAUGUAAUCUCUGCAGC